GGUGACUAACUGGAUGGGUGGAGGGUGAUGAAAUUUGCAUUGAAGUGCAUGGCGAAUGGGAGGAACUGUUUUAGGAGGCAAUAAUGUCAAAGUCAGACUGUGAGUUGCAUAUUUUGCUGGUUGGCAGUCACUGGAUAUUCAGGCAAAACAUUUCUCCAAAAACAUAUUUAUUAUACUUACCCUUAGCUGUACUAUAUUUGGCAAUUCUAUACAUCUCUGCCAUCACUGUAUAUGACAUAUACCAACGGCAUUUGGUUCUGGCAACAUUGUUAUGAGGCAGCUGUCAUCGAACGAAUAAUAGCCAACUUCAAGUGACAUUUGUUUCUUUCCGGUUGAAUUUUUGACAGAUCAACAACUUAAAAAUGGCCAAACGCACCAAGAAAGUUGGAAUCGUUGGUAAAUAUGGUACCCGUUAUGGUGCCUCCCUGCGUAAAAUGGUCAAGAAGAUGGAGGUGACCCAGCAUUCAAAAUACACCUGCACCUUCUGCGGCAAGGACUCGAUGAAACGUGCUUGCGUUGGUAUCUGGUCCUGCAAACGCUGUAAGCGUGUUGUUGCCGGUGGCGCUUGGGUGUACUCCACCACCGCCGCAGCUUCCGUACGUUCGGCUGUGCGUCGUUUGCGUGAAACCAAGGAACAGUAAAUUCCUACUUAGAAACCGGACUGAUAUUCUCAGUUCAACUAGUAAAAAGUUUAAUUUACAUUGAAUUUGGCGCGAAUCGCGCUAUACCAAAUUUCAAUUUGGUAGUGUUGUUUGGCCGCCGGCUUACGGGUACGCUUUGUUGUACAAGGAAAAAGAAAAUAAAAAAAAUGAUUUUUUAAAACAAA